CGAGCGGCUGGCCCCGGCGCCACUGCGGAGCGGAGCGCAGCGGAGGCCGGGCGCACGGGCGGUCAUGCCGGCGAUCCUGGUUCCCGCACUCUCUUUGCUGCUGGCUCCGCUGCUGCUGGACUCUGCACCCUGGAAUACCUCCCGGACAUUUGAGGUAGACUACGAUCAGGACUGCUUCCUCAAGGAUGGCAAGCCAUUCCGCUAUAUCUCAGGAAGCAUCCACUACUUCCGAGUGCCUCGCUUCUACUGGAUGGACCGGCUGCUGAAGAUGAAGAUGGCCGGGCUGAAUGCCAUCCAGACGUAUGUGCCCUGGAACUUUCAUGAGCCCCAGCAAGGACACUACCAGUUUUCUGGAGAUCAUGAUGUGGAGUAUUUUCUUCAGCUAGCUCACAAGCUGGAACUGCUAGUCAUCCUGAGGCCGGGGCCCUACAUCUGUGCAGAGUGGGACAUGGGGGGAUUGCCUGCUUGGCUAUUAGAGAAGGAAUCUAUUGUUCUCCGCUCUUCUGACCCAGAUUACCUCAAAGCUGUGGAUAAGUGGUUGGGAGUCCUUCUGCCUAAGAUGAGGCCUCUUCUCUAUCAGAAUGGAGGACCGAUUAUAACAGUGCAGGUUGAAAAUGAGUAUGGCUCCUACUUUGCCUGUGAUUAUGACUAUUUGCGUUUCCUGCAAAACCGCUUCCUCUACUACUUGGGUAAAGAUGUGCUACUGUUCACCACUGAUGGAGCAAAUGAAAAGUACCUGCAGUGUGGUACCCUACAGGGCCUCUACGCCACAGUGGACUUUGGAGCAGACAGCAACGUCACAGAGGCUUUCCUAUUCCAGAGGAAUGUUGAGCCCCAAGGACCUUUGAUCAACUCUGAAUUCUAUACUGGCUGGUUAGACCACUGGGGCCAGCCUCAUUCCACAGUCAGUACGGCAACCGUGGUCUCCACUCUCACUAAUAUCCUUUCCCGAGGGGCAAGUGUGAAUUUGUACAUGUUUAUAGGCGGGACCAAUUUUGCCUAUUGGAAUGGGGCCAACACACCCUAUGCAGCACAGCCCACCAGCUACGACUAUGAUGCCCCACUGACCGAGGCCGGGGACCUCACCGGGAAGUAUUUUGCUAUUCGCAAGGUAAUCCAGAAGUUUGAAGGAAUUCCAGAAGGACCUAUUCCUCCAUCUACACCCAAAUAUGCGUAUGGAAAAGUUGUUCUGGAAAAGGUAGCAACCGUGACAGAAGCUCUUGAUGUUCUGUGUCCUGGUGGCCCUAUACAAAGCUAUUAUCCCUUGACAUUUAUCCAGGUGAAACAGUACUAUGGAUUUGUGCUGUACCGAACCACACUUCCUGAAGAUUACAGCAACGAGACGACCCUCUCCUCUUUUAAUGGGGUCCACGAUCGGGCCUAUGUCGCUGUGGAUGGGGUACCUCAAGGAAUCCUGGAGCGAAACCAGAAGAUCCUUCUUUUCAUAAAGGGAAAAGCUGGAGCCACAUUGGACAUCCUGGUAGAGAACAUGGGGCGCAUAAACUAUGGCAAGUCUAUCAACGAUUUUAAGGGUUUAGUCUCUAACCUGACCCUUGGUGACAAUAUCCUCACAAACUGGACCAUUUUCCCACUGGACACUGAGGAUGUACUGCACAGCCGCCUAGCAGUCUGGAGAAACCAUCAUGCUAGCCGCCUUGAUGCUGGACGCCAUGUUGCUGGACGCCAUGUGGCUGUCCGCCACAGUGCUGUCCACCACAGAGCUGGCCACCACAGAGCUAGCCACCACAGAUCUGGCCACCAUGUUGCCAAAGAGGCUCCUAGAGGCUCAUCUUCAUAUACACUCCCGGCCUUUUAUGUGGGCAACUUCUCCAUUCCCCGGGGAAUCCCAGACUUGCCCCAGGACACCUACAUUCAGUUUCCUGGCUGGACCAAGGGUCAGGUGUGGAUCAAUGGCUUUAACCUUGGCCGCUAUUGGCCAGCACGAGGACCCCAGAAGACCUUAUUUGUGCCACAGCACAUCCUGACCACGUCAGCACCCAACAACAUCACAGUGUUGGAACUGGAGUGGGCACCCUGCAGGAUCCACGCCUUGGAACCGUGUAUCGUUGAACUGGUGGAUGAGCCAGUUAUUAGCACAGAGGAGACGGACCAAAUCCUAGGCCUGACAGAGAACCACAAGUGAUGGUUGAGGCUUCCUGGACAUCCCGUCCUGCCCAUCCCUCAUGAGUUCCCCCGUAGAGCCGACACUCUCUAGAGACUUAGACUGGAAAAUAAAUGUAGGGUUGUCACUGGAGGUUUCCCUAGAGCCCCACCGUGCCUGACUCCCUCUCUCCCUUGAACUUAAGGGAGAUGACAGCGCAGUCACAAACAAAUCAGCAAAGAGGGAAGCCUGAAAAAAUGUCACUGAUUUUGAUUUUGGAAGAAUCAUGUUGUCUUUUUGCUAAAUAAAAUUUGUACUCAAUGGUG